AUGGAGACUGAGGAGGAAGGCUUUCAGAAGUGGUGGUGCGAGGCAAAAAUACUCUCAAACCCCGACAUCAGCGGGAUAGGUGUGAUCUCUGCCUUCUUCGUGCAAGGCUUUCUCGCCAGCCUAAUCGGCAUCUGCAUGUACUACUUCUCGGGCCGCUGGAAUCGCCUCAUCACCUUCCCGCCGCUCGCCUACAAGUACCUCCAUGCUGGAGGGCGCCUUGGGGGCCUCCCCACGCUUCCGCGCUCCCUCCACCCCGCGAAUCCGCUCCGCGCGGCGAUGAUGACAGACAUCAUCCUGCUGACCUCGGACAUGCAGACCCUGUCUGGGAUCGCCCUAAUGGUAGCCUCGCUGUCGCAGUUCCCCAAGCUAAGUGCCUACCACGCUAUCAUGGUUGGGAACAUGGCGUGGAUCCCAUCGCUAUCACAUCAUCUGGCCAUCAUGUAUGUUUGGGACGAGAAGCCGUAUGGGCGCUUCAACACGGUGCGCUAUGCGGCGGUGGCGCUGUAUGCUGUUUUGUACGCCGUCUACUGCGGCUUGACGUACACGAGUGUUCGGCGGCGAUGGGACCUCGAGCAGGAUUGUUUCCGCGCGUGUAGUGCCAAGUAUUGUGUUGGUAGCUACACUGAGCGGGACUCACUGCUGGGCUGGGUCCUGGUCAAUCUUGUCUUUUUCGUGUGUGGCUAUGUACCAACUAUUUGCGGCCUCUUUGUAAAGAUGUUCGUGAAAGGGUCGUGGCCGUGGAUGAGGCUCGCUGGAGGCCUUGUGUUUUCAGCCGCCCUCUGUCUGCCAGUCAUGAUCUUCUGGACGGUUUUUACGCUGUGUGGCGUGUUAGGGUAUCGUAAAGCAAACAGAGAGUUACUAAGUGAAGAUGCGGAGGAGAGGUGGGGGUUUGGACAAGUUGUUGCGGUUGUAUCGUUGCUGCUUGUGGUGUUUGAGUUUUGGAAGUCGUAUGUUCAAUAUAAUGAAACGAGUUCAGAGGAGGACCCGGCGCUUUGUAAGUGCACGUGCUUCUGCGGAAAGCGAGUCGAUAGCUUUUCCACUGUGGAGAGUGGAGGCAUGGUUUCUGUAAAUUUUUGA